AUGUUCUCUGGACGGUUUGGAGUGCUCUUGACAGCGCUUGCUGCGCUGGGUGCUGCCGCGCCGGCACCGCUUGCUGUGCGGAGUGUCUCGACUUCCACGUUGGAUGAGUUGCAAUUGUUCGCGCAAUGGUCUGCCGCAGCUUAUUGCUCGAAUAAUAUCGACUCGAAAGACUCCAACUUGACAUGCACGGCCAACGCCUGUCCAUCAGUCGAGGAGGCCAGUACCACAAUGCUGCUGGAGUUCGACCUGACGAACGACUUUGGAGGCACAGCCGGUUUCCUGGCCGCGGACAACACCAACAAGCGGCUCGUGGUCGCCUUCCGGGGAAGCAGCACGAUUGAGAACUGGAUUGCUAAUCUUGACUUCAUCCUGGAAGAUAACGACGACCUCUGCACCGGCUGCAAGGUCCAUACUGGUUUCUGGAAGGCAUGGGAGUCCGCUGCCGACGAACUGACGAGCAAGAUCAAGUCUGCGAUGAGCACGUAUUCGGGCUAUACCCUAUACUUCACCGGGCACAGUUUGGGCGGCGCAUUGGCUACGCUGGGAGCGACAGUUUUGCGAAAUGACGGGUAUAGCGUUGAGCUGUACACCUAUGGAUGUCCUCGAAUCGGAAACUAUGCGCUGGCUGAGCAUAUCACCAGUCAGGGAUCUGGGGCCAACUUCCGUGUUACACACUUGAACGACAUCGUCCCCCGGGUGCCACCCAUGGACUUUGGAUUCAGUCAGCCAAGUCCGGAAUACUGGAUCACCAGUGGCAAUGGAGCCAGUGUCACGGCGUCGGAUAUUGAAGUCAUCGAGGGAAUCAAUUCAACGGCGGGAAAUGCAGGCGAAGCAACGGUGAGCGUUUUGGCUCACUUGUGGUACUUUUUCGCGAUUUCCGAGUGCCUGCUAUAA